CACACACACACACACCUGACAGGCGAAGACAAAAAAAAGAAAAAAAGACAACAACAACAAAAGGGAGGUUGCGCAAAAGUAGUCUGCAAUAUUCAGGAUUUCAGCCGAUUUCUGCAAGUCGUGGCAUCUUGUUUGGAAACUAGUCAAACAAUGCACUCUGUCGGAGACGGCUGAUGCCCGAAGAUGGGACUCGGAGGAAGUUUUUGGCGACGUCCCGCUGUUUUGUGGUCCUCAGGUGGGACAAAGUCUGGUAGGUCUCUCCGGUCACCUUCUGCUAUAAUGCCUUGUGGCGGCGCGCCGGCGUGCGUGUGACUGACUGACUGACUGACUGACCGACAGUCUGUCCAAGAGAGAAAGAGAGGCUGGAUAGAAACAUCAGGCAGGCUGUCAGGCAGCGACGGCUGGACUCCCAGCGCAGGCUUCUCUCCUCUCUCCCCGCUCCCCAGACUCAUGCAGGAUGCCCGGGAAGCGCCGCCGGGGAGCGCUGGUCCAGCUCAGCCCGAGUUCAUGACGCCCUGGGCGGUCUCGUCAUGCGUUUCUUGCCCGUGCCCAGCGCCCAUUCCCUCAGGCUUCUCUUCCUCUUUAUUUUCGUGAUGGGGGUGGCCCCCUCUCCGGCACUCACAGCCGGCUGCCCCGACGGAUGCGUGUGCGACGACCAGCUGGUGGUCCAGUGCGCCGGGCAGGAUCUCACGCUGUUCCCCAACGACCUGCCCCUGGCGACCCGGCAGCUCAUCCUCUCCAACAACCGUAUCGCGGACCUGCCGCCCCUUCAGCUCAACUACCUGUCCGACCUGGUCUAUCUCGAUUGUAGCAACAACUCGCUGACAGAAAUCUCCGAGUCUACUUUCGGGAACUUGCGGAAACUCGCCUACUUGGACUUGUCUUUCAACACGCUGCUGCAGAUCGAGGACCGGACUUUCGGGCCCCUUUCUUCCCUGGUGAUGCUCCGGAUGACGGACAAUCCGAAUCUGGGAGAGAUCCACCCGGACGCCUUUUCGGAGAACUUUGCUCUGCAGGUCCUGGACGUGAGUCGGAACAACCUGACGGUCUUGAACAUCAGCAGUCUGAUCGCUCUGCCCGCUCUGCGCUCUCUGGGCCUCAGCGGGAACCCGUGGAGGUGCGACUGUGACACCGAGGACCUCUGCCUGUGGGUGCAGAUAGAGGGAUUCAAGUUCCAAGAUGAGGGCCAGACGAUUUGCUACAACCCUCCGGAGCUGGCGGGCCAGCGGUUGGCGGAGGUCGGCAUGCAGCUGCGGGCGGACUGCCACCAGGGCCUGGGCUACUGGGACUACCUCUUCUUCAUCGCCAUCGGCUUCGUCAUCUUCUCGGCCGGCACGGUGUCGGCCUGGGUGAUGGGCGUGCUCAUGGUGCUGUACGAGCGCUACAGCAAGCGGAAGAGCGAGGAGCUGGACAGCGAGGACGAGGACGAGAGGGGGCCGAUGAACGGGAGCGGCGGAGGAGGGAACCAGGGGAACGGGGACCUGAGCAAACCCAACAUGCAGGUGUGACGGGCCGCUGCGGGGAGGCGUCCGGAAACGCUGCGUGAAGGGAAGACGGACAAGAAAACGGAGGAGGGACGAGCCUCCGCCGUGAAACUGAGAUCUGCUUGUCUCUUCUUGUUGCAGAUUUAGAUAUCGCAAAUGCUCUUUAAACGUAACGAAAAGUGUGUGUUUAAGCGUGUGUGCGUGUGCGUGUGUGUGUGUGUGUGAGAGAGAGAAACAAUCAGAGACAGCAAUAAGGAUGCCUUCGAGCUAGGAGAACAGAUUGACCUCUGAGAUUAUUGAGAGCAAUAACCCUGCACAUACAACCACAAGUUCCUCCAUACGAUGAAAAGUGCUCUUUACCAACACCUUGUGUGAGUGGCACAUUCAAGCACACACGUACACUUCAUUCACAAAAUAAAGGUAAAAUGGGGGGAGGUUCACAAAAAGAAAAAAUAAAGACCGAUGCCUUAAAUCUGCCACAGUGGAAACAGGGAAACUUGUGUAUAUCAGUGUUUAAACGGUAUCUUCACCUGAAAUAGUCAACCUUAGCUGUUUCUGUGUUCAGGACGAAAUCUGUCCACAUAGAGCAAAAACUCAUUUUGGGGGUUACAUAAUUAAAUAGAUAGAAAACACAGUAGGCUGAUUGUACGUAAAACAAGUGACUCACAACUCACUGAAACACAAACAACACGGGAAGUUCAGGGACCUGCCGUCCAAAAGUCAACGCGUUCUGCUCUUUAUUUGAGGCUGCUGAGAUCGAAGUGUUAUCAGAAACUCUCCGUGGGGAUCUUCGAAAUAUUUCAAACUGUGAACCUUUCAUGGGAAAUCACGAGGAUGAACUGGAAAUGGGGGUUCAUUUAAGGAAACCACAUCGUAUACGGGCAUGAAUAUAUAUAUUUUUUGUAACUAAAUUCCUAUUAAUUCCCAUGAAAUGUUUCUAAGUUUGAUAACCGAUGGAGUUUUGAGUCUGUAUUCGUUCAAUUUUUUUGUUGUUGUUCUUUUUAGCUAAAAGUACUAUUGAAGAUGAUCUGCUUAAUUGGUUGUGUUGCCUUUUUGACUGACAGCUGGUUAGAGGCAAAAAAACAAGCAACUGAUGCAGUCUUCACACACAAGGGAUAUUAGCAGAAUUAACUGUGUGACAUUUUUUUGAAUGU